UGCAUGGAAUUUAGAUACUAAGUUGAUGACUCUUAUAUAUAAGUGGCUGCCCUACAUUUUUGAAAUCUUGAGGUCUAAGGUUCUGAAUAGUGUGUCUUUCAUGAAGGAAACACUGAAGUACUUAGCAGGAAUCACAGGCCCAAGUGGCUAUGGUUCAAAAUCAACAGCUGAGCAAGUUACUCAAGAUUGCAUGGGUUUCAUUCCUUCUAAUCUCACUGCAAUUGUCACUGGCGCGACGUCUGGCAUUGGGGCUGAAACCGCAAGAGUGCUGGCGAAGAGGGGCGUGAGAAUAAUUAUUCCGGCGAGGGACUUGAGGAAGGCAGCAAGAGUGAAAGAAGGUUUACUCAAGGAAAAUCCAGCAGCAGAUGUAAUCUUGUUAGAGAUAGAUUUGAGCUCAUUUGCUUCAAUUCAGAGAUUUUGUUCUGAGUUCUUAUCCUUAGGAUUGCCCCUUCAUAUUCUCAUAAACAAUGCUGGCAAAUAUUCACAAAAAUUGGAGUUCUCCGAAGACAAAAUUGAGAUCACUUUUGCCACAAAUUACUUGGGACAUUUUCUGUUAACAGAAAUGUUAUUGGAAAAAAUGGUGGAGACAGCAGCAGAAACUGGCAUCCAAGGAAGAAUAGUGAAUGUUUCCUCAGUGAUUCACAGCUGGGUGAAAAGAGACAAUUUUUGCUUCCGUAAAAUGCUCAGCCCCAAAAGUUAUAACGGCACUCGUGCCUAUGCCCAAUCAAAACUAGCCAACAUAUUGCAUGCUAAGGAACUGUCAAGACUGCUCAAGGGAAGAAAAGCAAAUGUAACAAUCAAUGCAGUCCACCCAGGAAUUGUGAAGACUGGAAUUAUCAGAGAAUACAAAGGUUUUAUCACAGAUUCUUUGUUUUUUAUGGCAUCCAGAUUGCUGAAAUCAAUAUCACAGGGUGCAGCAACCACAUGUUACACUGCAUUAAGCCCACAGAUGGCCGGGGUGAGUGGAAAGUACUUUGCAGACUGUAAUGAGAGGCGCUGCUCAGCACUAGCAAACAAUGAAAUUGAAGCAUACAAGCUAUGGAAGCGGACAAAAGCUUUAAUACACAGGCGAUUGCUACAGCCAGCAAGCUAAAAUUUGAAAGUCUUCUUCACCAAUAAACCUCAGUAGUUUUCGACAUGUAACAAGUAGCCAAAUAAAUGUAUAUCGAAGGCAGACGACAAUCACAUAAAAAGUAUACUCUUAGCUUUAGUCAAUCCAAACUUUCAUGACAGUAAGACACUAUCCGUACAGAAUAAUGCCAAUUUCACAUAUUUUUCCAACAAUAGCAAAUUUUAAUGAAGACAUUUCUGCUUCUUUCAAGAUGCAGAAACCUAAAUGGCUGAAAAAAUCAGAAGGCACCAUAAGAAUUUGAUGCAUUAGCAGCCAUUACUCUUUUGUCCAGUGUCCACUGGCAGAAGGUAUCCACUUUGUAAAACAUCAAAAUGCGUAAUACCACCAAAUAUGCAAUAUAAGUUGCAAC